GGGAAAACCAAAACACACACGAAGAGAGGGCUUCGUGGCUGCCUGGCGUGACAGGUGUAACAAGAACUCUGUUGCUUGUAGUUCGGCAUGACAGAUUUACACCUACACAGCUUUUUUCUUGCACACUCCUCCCACGCGGGGUUGCCAGAUGAUGAAUAUCCUGUGCAAAAGUAUCGUACUCGUAUUGCAAUCAUGCAUUACAAAUUCUUUUCUGAAGGUAAAACAGCAUUACAAAUUUCAUUUCUCAUGCUGAGGGAAUUUGUCAUGCAUUUAUACGAAUACGAUACUUUUGCAGUUCAUAAUGAAGCCAGAUUGCUGAUGUUCUACUCUGCAUUUAUUAUUAUGCUGGAAAGGGAUUAUGGUGGAGGGAUGGAAAGUGCGGGGGAAAUGGUGUUACAGACAUGACGCAGCAAUCAAUGCAGUUGUGAAAAAUUUAGUCGCAAAAGAUACUAGUAGAUCGACAUAUCUCAAAAAUCUAAAAAGAUAGCGUCUGACCUGCGGGCGGCUACAAGAACUACCAUGCAAAAACUUAAAAACAGCAUUGGCAUUACUAUGGUCUCUUUAGCUCUACGUGUAAGAUUUUACUAUGAAACCUAGACACACGACCGAUGAACUACCAUGAUCUACUAAAAGAAUUAGCAGAGUGCCGGCGGAGUAGUUUUUCAGAUGCAAG